AAAGUUCGCGCGUGGAUCAGUUUACUUAAAGUCAAAUUAUAACCUUACUUUUUCUAAAUAUUUGUGUUUUUGAUACACAUUCCUAAAAUCGUGUUAAGUGGUUCAAUUUAUGAAAUCGUGAAAAUGCCCCCAAAACCAAAACUCCACAAAAAUAAAGGCAAAAGUGACUUGAAAAUUUCUCCAAGUCCAAACACAGAAACACCACCAGAAUCUUCGAAUAUUGCCACUAAUCCAGAAUUACAAGAGCAAUUUGAAUCGGAACUUUGUUGGUGUAUUCAGCAGUUGCAAAGGAGUAUAAAUUCCGGGAAACUUAACCAAAAACAAGUGUUAGAGAGUACGAAAGUGUUGAACAUGUUAAUGAACAAUACCACACCUUUCAUAAAAAAGCGCCAACUUAUGAGAGUCACUUUCGGUGAUUAUAGGGCAAAAAUGUUGGAAGAAAAUAAAAAAAUGUCAAAGGCAAUUAAUAUAAAAAUAUCACCGGCUUCGCCUAGUAAAAAAUCGAAAUUUGUUAAAAAAUCCAUAUUUUCAUCAUCGGACACUAAUUUUAAGUUUAACUUCGACGUGGAAAAUGUUGAGGAUAAUUUAUCAGGAAAUAUAAACAGGAUUGAAUUAAAUACAGACAGCGAAAAUAAAUCAUCAGAAGCAUUUCAUUUUAAGACAUCUGACAAUUCAUUUAAGUUUAAUUUUGUUACUGACGAAAGCUAAAAAAUAUUUGUUUAAAUAAAAAAUUGAAAAGCUA